AUGAAGUCUGCAGCUAUCACUACGGCCCUUGGCCUCUUGCUCACCAUCGGUGUUUCGGCCCUGGACAAGCCUCUCAACAUUGACGUAACCCACUCAUCGUCAUGCUCCGAGGAUCAGAAGACGAAGAAAGGCGACAAGAUUGACAUGCACUACCGCGGCACAUUGGAGGAAACUGGUGCCGAGUUUGAUGCUUCUUACAACCGUGGCACUCCUCUCUCCUUCGCACUCGGAACUGGACAGGUGAUCAAAGGCUGGGAUGAGGGUCUGACUGGCAUGUGCAUUGGCGACAAGAGAACGUUGACAAUCCAGCCUGAGUAUGGUUACGGAGCAAGGGGCGUUGGCCCAAUCCCAGCGAACGCGGUGCUCAUCUUCGAGACUGAGCUGGUCAAGAUCAAUGGCAAGGGCGCACCGGAGCCAAAUGAUGAGCUUUAG